AUGUUCGCACCUACGUUCCGCAGCCUCUUUACGAGGUUGCCUUCGACAUCUUUCUCCAGCAGCUUCCUCUCCGGCGCGCCCUCGAGAUAUCCAGCUGCCGCAGCGACAGCGGCUUUCUUCCCCACAUCUUCUUCCGUUUCCCCUCGGCAGAUCCAUACCACGGCUUCGCAAAAUGCGAAGGGCGGCACCGGAAAGGGUUCUUCGGGUAGUAAAGGCGCGGCGAAAGGCGGGAAAGGCGGAAAGGGAGGUGGGAGGAAGAAGCGGAAGGCCGGGAAGGGCGAGGGCCCCGACCCGAGAAUCGUCAACCUCAAGAUGUCGAUGCCCCGUGCCGUCCCCGCCCCGCUGAGAUUCGCGCGAAACCGUGCGCUGCGUCACUGGACUAUUCACCGCGCCUGGUUGCUGUACCAGCGCAAGGAGCGGGACAGGAGAGCACAUGAGCUAGAGCGGAUGUACCAAUCGAUGCACAAUGCCUGCGAGGAAUUGCGCAAGACGAGUGGACCCGGUAAGCGGGCCGAGGGAUACUUGUACCGCGUGGCGAUGGAGAAGAAGGGCCUUUACGGACACAACAGCAUCCCGAUCGAGUACGCGAGAGCGCAGACGGAAACCCCGGCUCGCGAGCCUUGGAAUCACGGCUGGACCCGGUGA